AUGGAGCACACCUUGCUCUGUUUGCUGCUAUUGCUGAGUACACACAUCUACUCUGGACACUCUGAAGAUGAGACAAAGGCUGUUCUGACCAUAUACCCCACAUCCUCCCAGAUAUUCAGUGGAGAGUCUGUCACUCUCAGAUGUCACAUACAAAGGGGAAAAGUCACUGACUGGGAAUACAUAUGGAGCAAGGAUGAUGUAGACACAAUCAGUAGGAAGCAUGAAUAUGAGAUCAGUGAGGUUAAGAUUUCAAACAGUGGAGACUACUGGUGUCUGGGUACACACAUUGAUAAUGGGAAGUAUUCUAUGUGGAGUAAUGCAGUCAGACUGACAGUGACAGCCCUGCCCAAAGCUACACUGACCAUAACACCAAACCCUGCAUACACUGGAGAGACAGUAACUCUGGCGUGUUCAGUGGGGUCUGACACUGGCUGGAGGUAUACAUUGUACAAAGACAACACUAAGAAAGUAGUGACCUUGUCUGGCAGACACAAUACAACAGGAGCCACCUUCACCAUCAGUAGAGCUGCUGAGUCUGACCAGGGUCUCUACUGGUGUCAGAGAGAGAUCCAAUCCAGAUCCAUAUCAUCAAUCAUCAGUGAUCCUGUCACUAUCACUGUGAAAGAGAGACCUGUGGCUGUUCUGACCCUCCAACCCAACUGGCCCCAGAUAUUCAGUGGAGAGACUGUCACUCUCAGUUGUGACAUUCAAGGGGGAGAAGAGAUUGAGUAUGCGUUUUAUAACAGUGGGAAGUCGGUCUACACGAAUACAGAGCCUGAGUACAGAAUCAGUCCUGCAAAGAAUGGUCUAUAUACCUGUGAAGGUCUUCAGAAAAGAAAUGGCUUAAAACACACCAGUAAUGCUAUACAAUUGACCGUGUUAGAUAAACCCCAAGCUGUCCUGAGUGUCUCUCCUCAGUGGCUGAACCCUGGAGACUCAGUUACUCUGAGCUGUGGGGUUAAAGAGUCAUCUACAGGCUGGAGGUUCUUCUGGUACCGAACUGUUCCCUACACAGCUGGGUUACUCUCCCUAUCGGACAGGUCCUACUCAGUAAAGCCUCUAUCUGGCAAUGUGACUUGUGAAGACUCCUACACUCUGAUCCCUGCUGGUCCUAGUCACACAGGAGGAUAUGUGUGUAGAGCUGGGAGAGGAGACCCAGUCUAUUACACCUACAGUGAACCUCAGUUUCUCUGGUCAGGAGAUCCGCAACCAUCAGUGUCUCUCAAAAUAAGACCUAACAGAACUCAACACUUUACAUCAAAGUCUCUCUCACUAAGCUGUGAGGAGAAGAUGAACUCUACUGGAUGGAGACUGAAGAGAUACAGAGAGAAAGCAGUGGAGUCAGAGUGUGGCUCUAACUGGGGAUCAAUAGCAGGGUCCACAUGUACCAUCAGGUCCACAUACACAGGGGACAGUGGAGUGUACUGGUGUGAGUCUGGAUCAGGAGAGUACAGUAAUGCUGUCAACAUCACAGUGGACGUUGGCAGUCUGAUCCUGGAGAGCCCUCCCUAUCCAAUAACUGAGGGAGACUCUGUGACUCUGAGCUGUACAAAUAGAUAUCAGGACACAAACCCGAACCCCAAGGCUGAUUUCUACAAAGAUGGAAUAUUCAUCAGGAAUGAGACCAAAGGAGAGAUGACCAUCCCUGCAGUAUCCAUGUCAGAUGAAGGCUUCUAUAAGUGUAAAUCUAAUGAAGGAGAAUCACCAGAGAGCUGGGUGACAGUGAGAGGUUCCAUUGUCUCCAUCUCUGUGCUGCCCAGGCUGCUGUGUGGUUUACUGGUUGCGUCUCCCUUUCUACUGGUGUCUAUCGUUGGUGCUCAGUCCAGGGACCGCAACGAGGGUGUACAGUCCAGGGACCGCAACGAGGGUGCACAGACCGGGGACCGCAACGAGGGUGCACAGACCGGGGACCGCAACGAGGGUGCUCAGUCCAGGGACCGCAACGAGGGUGCACAGGUGGCAAGCCUAGACAACUAA